GACUCGCUGUGGAAUGGCCGUAUACAGUGUGUUGUGUUUAUAUCGCGUGUGCCGCAGAAGUGAAAUCUAACACCUCUCUGUAUCGUGCAGAGAUAAGCGGCCCAAAAUGCAACUCCUCGGUGCAUCGGACAAAUGAAGAGGAAGAAAAGCGUCGACAAAAUCGAGCGUGCGGAUUUUCUGCGUUUAUUUGUUGUUUCUCCCCCGCGAACAUGGCACUCGAGGCUUUGCUACCCUCGGAAGUUGCUCGACUCGUUUACGGUUAUUUAAAUUAUGAAAAAUGUACAGAAUCAGCUAAAACAUUUCUCCACGAAUCUCCACAUUUGGAAGAAUGUCGUACUGUUGUUUCUUGUGGUAGAAGUUUUAGCUCACGAGUGAGUGGCUACACUUUGAUGGACAUUUUAGAGCAAUUUUGUCUCGUUAGUUCUAUUGUACAAGAAAAAAUAAUACAGAUAGAUGAUACUGGUAAAUUGAAAAACUGCCUGAGUCUGAUAUACAAAAUUAAAAUUCUUUUACAAGAGUAUAAUAAAGAACAGACUAAUAUUCAUAAUACUCAAGAGCAUUCAAAGAAUAAUGAAACGUCUAAAGACACAGUAUGCUCUCCCAAUCAGAAAACUGACAAUAGAAUUUUACAGAAAGGUAUUGAAUCUUCUGAUCAAAACCAUCGACCUAAUAAUAUAGAGAUUCCAUUGUUGAAUGGUUUUACUAAUGUGAUCAAUAACUCUAAUGAUAAAUGUACAGACAAAGUACCAAAUGAAAAGACUGAUAAACCAAUGCAAAAGUUGGUUGAAUGCAAUUCUGUGGAGAACAAUGAAUCUUCUCAGCAAACUGCCAAAUCUCAAGUAUUAAAUUCCAAUGCAUUAGACAAUAAGCUUUGUAGUACUUUAGGAAAUAGUAAAAGUUCAGAAAAUGACCAAAAUAUAGAAAUGUCUCUUGGCCAAUUUUCUGGAGACAAAUUUUCAGCAUUACCUAGUAAAGAAUCUGUCAAUAUAGUGGAAAAAACUAGCAAUCCUGAGUUUACUACACCUAGUGCAGCAUCAACCAUUAAUUUGAACACAGGCAAGUCUGUCAAUAUAGAGUUUGAACAAGUUACAAAAAACAAGGUUGAGAAAAAAUUGGCUGAGCCAUGUGAGAAAGAUAGCCAGUACAAAGAACCACAAAAAAGCAACAACGAAAUUAUGAAUAUGGAAAUAGAAGAAAUCAGCGGACAGCAAAAAAUUAUUUCAAGAGCAUCAAAUGAACUUGAAAAGAUUGGUACAAAUAAAAUUACACAAGAACCUUGUGUAUCGACUGCAGAGAUUACUAAUCAAAAUAACAUGAACAGUGACUCUUUAAACUUGAAACUUUGUGGAACAAAUUUUAAAAAUGUUAUAAAUAGUAAAAAUACAGAAAUUGAAUGCGCUACUGAAAAAUCUUCAUUGGUACAAAAUCAGAACAUUGUUGCAAAUAAUAAUGCCAAUUAUGUGACUGUUCCACAAGUUUCAUGCCCUCAAACAAAUGUAAAUCCAUUGUUUUUCAAUGCCAAUGAAACUUCUACUCCCAUCAAAACUUUUGCAUUUGAUACAUGUGACUGGUUUCCAUCAUCUAUUUCUACGUCUGCAGAUUUGACAAAUUGUGUGAGCACAGCAGCUAUUUCUGGACCAACCAUAUCACCAAUCAUUGCUAAAAAUACAUCUUUACAUCUUGGAACAUUUAAUUUAGGUUCUCCAUUAAAAAAAGAUCAAACUCUGCAUACACCAGAUAUCAGUUGCCCACCAAAAAAUCGUAUUGUAAAUAAUGCUAAUGCAGAUGUUCCUGUGUCAGAAUCUCAAAAAAUGACCAAAAUGGAUUCUGGAUUAUCUGGAUUACAAGACAUUAAUGAUAUCAUCAUGCAAACUUUACAGAAGGCUGAUGGAAUCCCAAAUUCCAUACCGACCUUGAUAAAAAAUAAUAGCGAAGUGGAUAAAUUUUUUGGUUUAGAUACAAUAAAUUUGUAUGGCACGGAUAGCGAUGGCCCACAUACUAUGCAGCAACAUAUUGCAAAUAUUCCUGAAAUUAGUAUGGAGAAUUCUAUAUCUUUAACGGGUACCGGUUUGUCCCCAUUCUUAAAAAAAAAUAAAACUCCAUUUAGGAAUGAAAAAAUUGGUGAUAUGAAUUUAGUAAAAAAUCCUACGAAUAAUGCAGAACCGGAAAAAAAUGAAUCAAAUUCAAAAAAUGUUGAAGUUUUCGAUCCUCGUGACUUUGCGAUAAGUGCAAGUCAAAAUCUUAAAUUAUUUGAGAAGUACAACAACAGUAUUCAAUUGAACACACCAGCGUCAUUGGUGAUGAAUUCAGCACAGGAUAACUUUACCCAACGCAGUCGUUCUACUCCUAAAAAAUGUAACAGUCACGUUCGUGUUUUAGAUUUUGAUAGACCUUGGAAUCGAACAAGAUCUGAUGGCAAUUUAUCAAAUAUAAAUCCUGAAUCAAUUGACACAUUGAAACAAUCUCUACCAAAGGGCUCGCAUGUUUCUCAUCUUUUUCAAUCUCCAGAAAUCAAUAAUGAAGUUAUAAUCGAGCAAAAACUAGAACCAACUACGCAAAAUUCUUCUGCAAAAGUACCGACUGAUCAGAAAGAAGUUGAAGAGGCACCUGCUGCUGGAAAUGAAAAAACAAACGUAGAUUUGCCGAUUAAUCAAUUCCAAUCAGAAUUUGAAAAUACCAUUGCGUCACCUGAUGAGAAAUCGGAAGCAACCAAUGUUGAGACUUCAGAUAACGAAAACGGCAAAUCUACAGAAUUUAAUGCGUUAGAAAUUGUGAAGCUGCAAGACAAUCUAAAACGUUCUGCAGAUUCGGCUAUAGACAGUGAAGAAAAGGAGAGUGUGAAAAAAUUUAAAAAACACGAAAGAACUCCGAAAAGACCGAAAAAAAGCUCUAAAACGCCAAAGAAAUCCGCGAAAAAACGGAGUCACGACGAGAAAAAAUCAUCCAGAUACGAGAAAGAUCGAAGUAAAAAGAAUUCUUCAAAAGACGACAAACACGACGCAAAUAAAAAGGAAAAAAUCACUCACGAAAGUAAAUAUAACAAAAACGUAGAACACUCGAAGAAAAAAGAUGAUCAUAAAAAAAUUACAAACAAAAAUGACGAGAAAAAGUUACACAAAAAAGAAAAGAGGAAAGAAAAUUUUUUUGAAGAAGAUCCAGAAAUCGUAAGCAAAUUGAAUAUCAGAGAUCAAGAAAAUAAACAUUCAUCCAAACUCAAUGAGAACGGAGUAGAAAAAACGAGAGAUCAAAAGAAAAAUAAAGAAAAUUCAGAAAUUGUUAAAGAAAAGAAAAGUAGUAAGAGCUCUGAAAACAAAGAUGUUCCCGUGAGUGAAAAUAAACAGAAAAAUUUGGAUAAUAAAACUCAUCAUUCUAAUGAACAAUUAAGUGGCAUGAAAAGUGCAAACGAACCUCUGCAAGAGUUGGAAAAAGAAACAGUCGCUAAACAAAGUAUAGAAAUGAAAAAACACGACGAACUGAAUAACUUAGGCGAAGAAAAUAAAAAAGAAAAUAUCGAACUGAAAGAGAAAAUUUCUUCAAUAGGGUAUGCACAAACAGAAAAUGACGAGGACAAGAAAAAAGAUACCAAGUCAAAUAAAGAGUCCAAAGAAAAUUCAUUGGAAGAUAACGAAAUAAAUUCAAGUGACAGAAAUAAGAAAAAGCCCGCAUCACAUAUCGAAACUAAAAAGUUUUCUCAACUGGCUUCGAGUACAAUGAUUCAUCAAGAUAGUCCCACCGCUGGAUUUCAAACAACUUUGGGAACAGAAACGAGUCAACUCAAUGAAACGCAAUUGAGCACAGAAAAUUCAUCAGUAACAUCGAUUGAUUAUAAAAAAAUCGAAGAACAAUUGAGUAGAAUUACCCACGAAAGCAUUGAAUCUGAAUCUGAAUUAUAUGUUCACGUCGAAAAAAUGGAGGGUGGAAAAAUGGUCAAGAAAAAAUAUGCCAAGCUCAAGACUCUCGAUUCCAGCAGCGUAGAUUCACGAGACCACAAUCCCUUGAACGAUUUUGUUCUCGACUUCGGGACGCCGCAAAAAGAAGUCAAAGACGUCCCGCCCACUCCCAAACUACUCAGUCCCGGAUCACUGAAAAAUUCCGAUAAACCGAUGCAGAUUGUGAAUGAGGAUUCUAAAUCUGUGCUAAUGUGUUUACCUACACCGACAGAUUGUCCACCCACGCCAAAAAUUUAUCUGUCACCGCCGCGAGGUCAGGAUAAUGCGAAAAGACCACAGAGAAAUACUCCUGAAGGUGCUCCAUUUUACAAAAUUCAUCCUAUCGCUUUAAAUAAAAUUGAAGUUGUAUCGAAAAUCACUUAUUUCAAAGAGCAAAUAGAAGAAAAUAUGGAAUCGAAAAAUCAUGCCCCUGAAGAGAGACAAAACGAUCAGGACGAAGAAAGUCAUCAUGGCUCCGCUGAGAUACAAAAUUGUGAGGAAGAGGAAAGUCCUGAAUUCUCCGAAGCUAGUCAUUCUUCUGAUUCAUCUUCAUCAUCUAGCAGCUCGACGUCAUCCAGUUGUUCGUCUUUAUCAUCAUUUAUAUCUAACGAUGAAAUUGAUGAUGAAAACGCAGAUUCGAAUAAUGUUGUCGAGGACGAUCAGUCAAGCCAAACAAAAUCCUUGGCAGAUAAAAAUGAGAAAAAUGACAAAGAUACGCGUGUUGCUAUAAGCGAAAAAGAUGCCAUCAAUGAUAAUUUGACUAAUAAAAAUAAACACGAUGCCCAGCUUGAAGAACUUCGGCGACAAUUGGAAUCUUCACCGCAAAAAGUAUUUUCUGUCAAUAAAACUGACGAAGAACUUGCUCAGAUCGACAAAGAAACUCCUGCCAAGGAGGAGAGUAAUCAUCCAGAAUUAGAUAUUCACGAAACACCAUAUGUGUCAAAACCGGCGGAAAAUACAAAUCUUCACGCCAGAAUAUCGGAAUUGAUGAUCGAAAAGGAACGCGAGAACGAAGAAAAGCUCAAACCACCGCAAGAAGCAAAGGGCAAACCAAAAAUUAUCAAAGUCGAACAGAUUAAGCCUGCAACAACUAUGAAGCCGCCACAAUUACCCAAUUCAUUAAACUCUUUACUGGUUGAUACUCAGCUCAAAGCGCAAAAACUUAAAGAAGAACAAAUAAAGCAUCAACAGAAGCGUAUUGUCGUUGACAAGUGUUCCGAAGAAUUGGAGCAAGCCGUCGAAAGUAUAACAGCAGUUCCAAUUUCGAAGAACGAAACUACGCCCGAAGAGAGCAAUGCCAUUCCACCGAGCCCUAGCAAGGAUCUGAACGAAUCGACGGAAAGUGCCAAAAUCGAACGCCUCAAGGCCGUCGAAAGCAUCACACGGUUGGAUCGGGAAAACGAUCUGAGCGAACAUACUGAUGACAGUGACAGUGACACAAAUCUACAAUUGGUUCUAGACGAAGAGGAAGAAAAUGAGAAUAAUUCAAAAUCCGAUGGUUCAGUUAGCAAUGAAAAUACAGACGAUCGUUCUCGCGAUGGAGAAUUCCAAGCGGAUGAAGAAAUUCCAGACGUGGAGUACGCCGAUAAUAUAGAAUCUUUCAAUAAUGAAUUUACUUUCGAGUGGGAUGAAAAUAAUUCGAUAAAAGGUAAAAGACGUCCUCGAGUGAAGCAUUAUACAAAAGAAGAGCUUCAGUUAACCUUAGCUUUUUGCGAUGGAGAACCCGUCUAUCUGCACCCUACAGAUCUAGAAAUGAUAAUCGAAUUGAAUCCGGUAAGGAAAGGUUCUAAAGCUGCUAAAUCUGCUACUAACACAGUAACUGAGAAACCAAAUUUGAAGAGGAAAAGUACUAACGUCAUUUCGAUCACAAGAAAGAGGCGAAAAAAUGCCUUCAUCCUCUCUUAGAAAAUGUUGUAAAAUAUAGAAUUUUAUACUGCAAAACCGGUUUGAAUGUUGUUUAAAUGGCCAUGGAAAAACUCUACUAGUCAGAUCUGAAUGUUAUUAAACGAGCCCUGCUAUUGCGUGCUUUUAUGAAAAGUACAGUUAUUUCAGAGGAGGACAACAAUUCGUGUACUAAAAGUAUUAUAAAGGGCAUCCUCUGUGUGCAUGUAAAACUCUUUAUCAAUAGUUCGUCGUGACUUUGUACUAAAAAAUUUUGUACAGCAGUUUUGAAUUGUUUAAAAACCUACAGGAUUUAACGGUUUUUGCAAAUGAUUUUUAUUAGAAGAACAAACGCGAAUUGAAUUGUUUGAUUACUCGAUCAUCAGUAUGUACAUCGUUAUAAAUAGAUUUAGAAAAUAAAAAUGUUAAUAAUCGAGCGUUACCUAAAUAUUUUAGAUAUUGAACCUAUGAUUUUGAUGUCUUGUUGUAUAUAUUUAUAUUAUAUAUUUAUAGAUUUAUCGGACGAUCUUGUAAUGUUUUUUAGACUGCUGCUAAGAGGUGUGAGACUUAAUGUCAUAAAUAAAAAGUGUAUAUUUUUAUACAUAAUCAUUAAAUCUAAUUGUUCUUAAUUAGUAGAAUAAAAAAAGUUUGUCAUACAUAUAUUGUUAUGUAAAAAAGUCUAUUUUUGUAACUCAUGAAAAAAUGAUCUCUAAUACACGCUUUUUGAAAUCUA